AUGGAGCCGCGGGAGGGGCAGGGGCUGCUCCCGCUCCUGCUCCUGCUCCUGCUCCUGCUGCCGCCGGAGCCCGGUGAUGGGAAGUCCCGGCCCCAGAGGAGCCUAAUUGAACUGGUUGAGGCUGUUCAGUGCAGCACCAAGGUAUCAGUUUGGGCGUAUACUGACUACGGAUGCUACUGUGGCUUAGGUGGAAGUGGCUGGCCUCAGGACAAAACCGACUGGUGCUGUCACCAUCACGACUGCUGUUAUGGGAAAGCUGAGGUUGCUGGUUGCAGCCCCAUGGUGGAUCCGUACAAAUUUGUGUGCAAAAACAAGCAGGUGGAAUGUGAUUCCCUGAAAGACAUAUGCCAAAAAAUGAUAUGCAAGUGUGACAGUGAGGCUGCCAAGUGCUGGGCCAAAGCUAGAUUCAAUCCAUCACUUAAAUACUUUCAACAAAAUUCCUGUGGAGCGAUCCAGCCCUCGUGCAAGGCAGACAAGGACAAAAAACAUGUCUUCUCAGAAAACCAUUAAAAUGCAAAAAAUAAAAAUUUUCACUAAUUAAAAUCGUUCGAUUA